UUAAGCGAAUUCGCUGCCCACUGUUUAUCUCGCCCUUUCCAAUCGGCAAAAUCUGAAAGCUUAUAGAAGGAAGAAGCUUCUUGAAAUUAAAUUCAAUAAACAUCAAAUUUGAAUGGAAGCAAAGAUCAGUAAGUUCUUCGAUUCCAUCGGCUCCUUCUUCGGAGGAGGAGAUCAAAUCCCGUGGUGCGAUCGUGACAUCGUCGUCGGCUGUGAGAGAGAGGUUGCAGAAGCUGCUAAAGGUGACUCAGAUAAAUUGAAAAGUGAAAGCAUUAUGCGGCUGUCAUGGGCUCUUGUUCAUUCUAGACAAGCAGAAGAUGUGCAGCGUGGGAUAGCUAUGUUAGAAGCAUCACUAGCCAAUAGUAGCGCUCCUUUGCAGCAGAGAGAGAAAUUUUAUCUUCUGGCUGUUGGAUACUAUAGAAGUGGUGAUUAUUCAAGGAGUCGGCAGCUUGUGGAGCAAUGUUUGGAGAUUGCACCUGAUUGGAGGCAAGCUCUGGCCCUUAAGAAGACCAUUGAAGAUCGAAUUGCGAAAGAUGGUGUUAUUGGAAUUGGUAUUACUGCAACUGCUGUUGGACUUAUAGCUGGAGGAAUUGCUGCAGCAUUGGCUCGCAGGAACUGAUAAACCUCAGUUGCCUCUAUAUAUAUAUAUAUAUAUAUAUAUAUAUAUAUAUAAAACUUGGAUUAAUAUUUAAAGUAAUACUGUCUUCGUUGGGAUAUUCAUAUAAAUCGGAGUGACUAGUUUUGGCUUGCUGGCUUUAGUAGGAGUUUUGGUUCAUUCUAAUUGACUUAUUUCUCCCUGUUGAAGUCUUGAAAACGUGAAAUAUUUGUUCACUUAUUAUGAAAAAAAUUAGUUGUUGUAAAAUGAAUAAUAUUGUUCGUCCAAUUUCAAUAUAAUAUUAAAAUAUAAAAUA